AUGAAUAGGCCGGCCGGAGGAAGAAGAUCAGAAGGUGUUGGGUCGAAAGAUGAAGGGUACGAGGCGGCUAGAGACUCGAGCCAGGGGUCAUGGUCCGCCUGGAUUAGGCCGAACUUGGCCGGGUCUUUUAGAAGAGAGCUGAGCAUCGCUCGGAGUGGAAGAGUCGACAGAGACGGCCAUCGGAGAAGCAGACGGCAUCGCCUUGUCAUUCAUCCUGAUAACUUGUGGUACGUUGCGUGGAAGCAUUUCAUUCUGCUAUGGGCGGUGUACUCUUCCUUCUUCACGCCCCUGGAGUUCGGGUUCUUCAGAGGACUCCCGGAGAACCUCUUCCUCCUCGACAUCGCCGGUCAGUUUGCCUUCCUCAUCGACAUCCUCGUCCGCUUCUCCGUAGCCUAUCGUGACAACCACUCCGACUGCAUGGUCUACGACCGCAAUCUCAUCGCGUUUCGGUACCUGAAGUCUCGGUUCUUGGUUGAUUUAAUGGGAUGUUUUCCCUGGGAUGCAAUCUACAAGGCUUCUGGAAGACAAGAGCUAGUCAGGUACCUGUUGUGGAUUAGGCUGAGUCGAGCACUUAGAGUGACAGAGUUUUUUGCAAAGUUGGAGAAAGAUAUUAGGAUAAAUUACCUUGGUACAAGAAUUGUGAAACUCUUUGUUGUGGAACUCUAUUGCACUCAUACUGCUGCCUGUAUCUUUUACUAUCUUGCCACCACUGUGGCUCCCUCCAAGGAAGGUUACACAUGGAUUGGAAGUUUGAAGAUGGGCGACUUCAGAUAUUCAGACUUUAGAAAAAUUGAUCUUUGGAAGCGUUAUGUAACAUCUCUCUAUUUUGCCAUUGUUACCAUGGCUACUCUUGGUUAUGGAGAGAUACAUGCAGUCAAUGCCAAGGAAAUGAUAUUCAUUAUGAUUUACGUGUCAUCUAAUAUGAUUCUUGGUGCUUAUCUGCUUGGUAACAUAGCAGCGCUAAUAGUAAAAGGAUCGAAGACAGAAAAAUUCAGGGAUAAAAUGGCUGACCUUAUCAAAUACAUGAACAAAAACAAUCUUGAUAGGCACAUAAGCAAUGAGAUCAAAGGUCAUCUGCGAUUACAAUAUGACCGCAGCACUACAGAAGUUGCUUUACUUCAGGAUGUUCCAACCUCUAUUCAGACUAAGAUUUCACAGAACUUAUAUGAGCCAUAUGUUGAAGAAGCUUCUCUUUUCAAGGGAUGCUCUCUGGGAUUCAUAAAGCAGAUUGCAAGCAGAGUCCAUGAGGAGUUUUUCCUCCCAGGAGAAGUGAUUAUAGAACUGGGAAACAUAAUAGAUCAACUUUAUAUCAUAUGUCAUGGUGAAGUGGAGGAGGUAGGAAAUGUGGAAGAUGAUGAAACACAGGAAUGUCUUAAGCGUCGGCAAGCUUAUGGGUCACUUGGCGAGGUUUCUUUUCUUUGUAACAUUCCUCAGACUCGUACAGUUCGAGUUUGUGAACUAUGCAGGGUCUUGCGGCUUGAUAAACGUUGUUUUACAGAAAUCCUGGAGAUAUGUUUUUCUGAUGGACAGAUUAUCUUGAACAACCUUCUUGAGGGAAAGGACCUCAACCUCCAGAGCAAGAUUUUGGAAUCAAAUAUAACACUUUAUAUUGGACAGCAUGAAUCAGAGCUGGCUGUGAGGGUUAAUUAUGCUGCCUAUGAUGGAGAUUCUAAUCGCCUAAAACGUUUGAUCAGAGCAGGAGCCAAUCCCAACAAGGCAGAUUAUGAUGGUAGAUCACCUUUGCAUAUUGCCGCAUCCAAGGGAUACGAAGAUAUUGCUCGUUUCCUUAUUCAACAAGGAGUGGGCAUCAACAUAUCAGAUAAUUUCGGGAACACUCCCUUACUCGAAGCCAUCAAGAAUGGGCACGAUCAAGUAGCUUCUUUACUCGUUAAGGCAGGGGCAACACUUGUGGUUGAUGAUGCUGGUGGUUUUCUCUGCACUACUGUUGUGAGGAGGGAUGUGGAUCUUCUGAAAAAGGUUUUGUCCAGUGGAAUUAAUCCAAAUGCCAAUAAUUAUGAUCGCCGAACACCACUUCACAUAGCUGCCUCAGAAGGGUUAUAUUCAAUGGCAGAGUUACUUCUAGAAGCAGGAGCAAUUGUUCUGUCAAAGGACAGAUGGGGAAAUUCUCCACUUGAUGAUGCUGCUAUAGGUGGAAAUAAGGAUUUGAUCAAACUGCUCAAAGUUGCAACAACUUCUCAGUUGUCUGAGUUAUCCUAUCGUUCUCAAGAAAUUCAAGACGAAAUAAGACAGAAGAAAUGCAGAGUGUUCCCUUUUCACCCAUGGGAUCCCAAAGAGGAGAGAAGAGAGGGAAUUGUGUUGUGGGUUCCACAAAGCAUUCAAGAUCUCAUCCAAGUAGCAAGGGAGCAGUUGAAAUGUUCAAGUGAUUCUUGUAUUUUGUCUGAAAAUGGGGGCAGAAUCCUUGAUAUAAGCAUGGUUACCAAUGAUCAGAAGCUAUAUUUGGUUUCUGAAGCAAAAGAGGGGCAAUUAGAGUCCGUAGACUGACUUAAUGUUCUGCAAAACUGGAAAACAAUUCUCUUGGUCAUCUGCAGAACUAAGCAAUAAGCUCCCUUCUAAGUGCUAGGCAUGUCUAUAAUGUAUACAUACAUAUCCAUGCACACCUGUUCAUAUAAGAAGAUGAUUAUCAGAACAACACUCUAAAGAUUGCUUCCUUUUUUAUGGUUUCCCAAAUAGUUAUACCAUGGAAAAUUUAUAAAAUAGAUCAAUAGGGAUCAAGGGGCACUUCACACUUGAUAUGUCCAAGAAUGAUGUAUUAAACCUAUU